AUGAAUAUUUAUAUUUUAUUUAUUCUUUUUUGGGAUCUUUGUUCUUUCAUUCUUUGUAAUAAACCAUGUUCACGUGAAGGCAGUCGAAUUGUUCGUGAUUAUUUUACACGAGCACUCGGUCCAAUUUAUGAAAAAAAUCAUGUAGCAAUUCCACUUGAAUGUGUUUUUUCACCAGUGCGUGAUAUUUUUUAUCGACAAGAAUUAAAUAAAAUGAAAUUAUCAAAAGAUAAAUGGUUAUGUAAAUACUGUAAUAAAACAUUCUAUUCCGAAUAUUAUCUUGAUAUGCAUUUUGUUAAUCGACAUAAUGAUACAUUAUUAAAAAGUGAACAAUCAAUAUGUCUAUCGGAUUAUUGUUCGAUUUUUCGAUGUGAUGUUUUAAAACGACGAAAAAAAUCUUUCAAAUUUUUAAAUCCAUUAACACGUAAUUCUCGAGGAACAAAACGAAAACCAAGAAAAAUUAUUAAUCAACAACAACUUACGGUUUUACGAACUCAUUGUACUUCACUUAUUAAUCAAUGUAUUCCAGAAAAUGUUAAUUAUGAUACACGAGUUAAAUUACAACAUCAAAUGCAUGCUGAAGUUUGUGCUUAUUUAACAGCCAAUAAAUAUUUUGAUUUACCAACAUAUCGUAAACCUCUAGUCAAUUUUACAGUUGUUUUUUGUUUGGUUAUUUUUAUUGGCAUGUGUCUUGUUGGUAUUGGUGUUGUGACACAUGCUGAUUGGAAAUUGGAUGAAAAUGAUGAAUAUCAAUCAGAAAAACAUCUAUCUAAUGAAUCAAUAUCUGCAGCAACUGCUUUAUUAUCAACAACACCAACAAAUGGUAUUAUUCAUUCAUCAAAAAAUACACCAUUAUCUAUUCGUCAACGAGUACAAUUUAAACCAUGUGAAGGUGAAUGUCAACAUUCGCAUUCACAUUCACAUUCACAUCAUCAUCAUAAUCAUGAGCAUAUUUAA